UCGAGCGGUCACAUGACCAGUCUGUAUAGAACCCCGUUUGUUUGUUGACAUGAGCAGAAGGACGUGAACAUGACCGCGGUGUGGUUGCUGGUGAUUUCUUCGGCUUUCAUGGCCGUGCCGGGAAAUCUAAUGAAGAUCCCUCCACAUGAGGAAGUAGCGCGAAUGGCUCGGUUCGUCGUUAAUCAGUGCGACUGGGCCUCCAUGGCCACUAUCUCCAUCCACGAGCCAGUGAAGGGACAGCCGUUCUCCAACGCGUUCUCCAUCAGCGACGGUUUGCUGGGCAACGGCACCGGUGUUCCCUACAUGUACCUCACACACAUGGAAAUCUCUGUGCAGGAUUUGCAGGUAAAUCCACAGGCCUCUCUGUCCGUAUCUCUUGCUCAGACACAUUACUGUAAGCGCAAAGGUUACGACCCCCAGAGCCCCCUGUGUGCCCACAUCAUCCUGUCUGGCUUUGUUCAGGAGGUGAACGCUACAGAAGGGGAUUUUGCGAAGAAGGUGCUGUUCACCAGGCAUCCUGAGAUGAUCGACUGGCCCGUUGACCACAAUUGGUUCUUUGCUAAAAUGGUAAUAAGCCAAGUUUGGGUGUUGGAUUACUUCGGAGGGGUAAAGAUAGUGUCGCCUGAGGACUACUACAAAGCAACACCAUUUUGAAGAUUUUCUGCUUUUAGACCAUCGAAAAGGCUGAACCGCUUUAGAUUUAUUGGGACAGUUGACCAACCAAGAUUUUAUAUUUUAGCAAUUUCUGCUGAGUUUGGAAAUACUAUGGGAAUUAAAAAAUAUAUUUUUUAUAACCACUGUUUUGCUUUUGGUAUAGAUAGCAUAGAAAAACUUGUUUACCUCAUGGAUUUUUAACAGCGUUUAAAUAAAACAAAACAAAAAACAACAACAACAAAAAAAAAAACCUGAUAGACCUUGUUCUGUGAACUGAUAGAUCUUGUUCUGUGAAAAUGAUGUCAUGUGGAAUUGCCAUGUCGAAGAACAGAUCCAGUUUAUAUAAAUGAUAAAAUUUAUAAUUUUAGUCCCUGCUCAUCUUGGGGGCACAAACCCCAUGGAUUAUGAUGACAAUAUUUUGGAGAAGUUCUUAAAAAAGUAAAAGUAGUGCGAUUCUAUUGGUUAUAUCAAUAUUAUUAUUAUUAUGGUUUCUCGAGACAGAAUGUGGAAUCGCAUAUAUAUAAUAAAACUCCAUCAGCUUAUGUCAAAUCUCAAUCAAAUUUAACAAACCAACAUUUUAAUAUUGAUUUCAGAUUUUACAAAAAGAUUUUCUGUCCUAAUUUAUUCCCAGGAGUUGUCGACUGUGACCUUCAUUAUAAGAUAUUAUAAGAUUCUGUUAAUUGGAAAAGAAAUGUGAUUAUUUUUUGUAUCAGAAUUCAGUUAUUGUGUGUUUAGGUUUUACUUCGAGCAAUAUUCCUUCACCAAGAUGCUUUAUAUGUAUUUUAAUACAUAAUCAUUGAAAAUUAUUGUGUUCAGUGCAGUCUUGCAUCAAAACUGAAUGUUGAAGCCUUUUAAUACAAUCAAGUAUAUAAUUUUGUAUAAUUCUAUUAUUCAAUUUAUCCCUCCUAAAAGUAGGUGAUCUUCUGUCUAAAGUGAUUUACGAACGCUUUUUGUUUUUGCACUUUGCACAGUGGUUCGUCUGGACGUUACAUGGGUGUAUAGAAUGGGGUUUCGAUCAGCAGCAGGUCUUCUUGCUGACACUAAAGUUGUGUAAUGUUGAAAAAGUGUGAAUGUGUGAAUCUGUGAAAAAACCCAUGCGAUGAAAUAAAGUUUAGCUGCUUUCAA